CCCUGGAGGAGGACUCAUGAACCCCAUAGUUCAGGACAGGGGCGGACUGACAACACAUGCGGCCCCCGGGCAAUAGGGGAUCAUGGGGCCCCUGUGUCCUUGCCCAAACUCAAAAAAGCCUAUGAAAAAGGUACCAGGGACAUCUCAUGGGGCCCCCUACUGACCCCGGGCCCCUCAGGCAGUGCCCGAGUUUCCAAAUGGUCAGUCCGCCCCUGGUCCAGGAGUAUAAGUAAGAAAUAA